AAGGCGGUGACAAUGGACGACCUGCUCUCCCCAUGCUCCUCCUUCUCCCCACCGUCGCCACCGUCCUUCUUCUCCCACGCCGGCCACCACCCAGUCAUCGAGUUCACCUCCUGUGACGUCCCGGAGCAAUGGCUACUCGACGACGUCUUCGUGGCCAAGAACGAGGGCGACGACGACGUGGACGACCUAUGGCCAGUGGGAAGCUCGCUCUCCCAGGACUCUGAGCUCACCGAGCAGCCGCUUCCUCCUCAGCCACCGCCGCCGCAGCAGCAGGCGGAGCUGAGCGUCGUCAAGGCUCCGGCGCAGCAGCAGCGCCCAGGGAAGCGGCGGGGGCGGAAGCCCGGGCCCCGCCCGGACGGCCCCACCGUCAGCCACGUGGAGGCCGAGCGUCAGCGCCGGGAGAAGCUGAACCGCCGGUUCUGCGACCUCCGCGCCGCCGUCCCCACCGUGUCGCGCAUGGACAAGGCCUCCCUGCUCGCGGACGCCGCCGCCUACAUCGCGGAGCUGCGCGCCCGUAUCGCGCGGCUGGAGGCCGAGUCCAGGCGGGCCCCCGCGGCGAGGUGGGAGCCCGUCGUAGCUGCCUGCGGCGCUCAUGAGGCGGGACCGGGAGCCGGCGGCGGCGCCGACGAGGUGGUGGAGGUGCGGAUGCUGGGGCCGGACGCGGCCGCGGUGCGCGCGACGAGCGCGGCCCCGCACGCGCCCGCGCGCCUGAUGAGCGCGCUGCGGGCUCUGGAGCUGCACGUGCGGCACGCCUGCGUAACCCGCGUGAACGGCAUGACGGUUCAGGACGUCGUGGUUGACGUGGCAACCCCGUUGCAGGACGACGACGACGACGACGGCCGCCUCCGUGCCGCGCUGCUCCAGAUGAUGCAGGACAGUGCGGCUACGUACGUACCUAACUAGCUAGAUAGCUAGCUAGUGCUAGCCAGAUCGUAGAGAGAGCUAGCUCACCGAUCGAUCUCAACCAGUCGUCUACAGUAUCUCUCCCUACGUAACGUAACAUCUAUCAUAUAUAUCAGUCGCGACGACACGUACAAGCAGUGCGAAAAUGUCGCGGGUCAGGUCAGGGUAACAAGAUGCUAAUGUUGAUUUAGAGGGUAAAAUGACGACGACGACGAUGGACGGCCGUGACUAAUCCAUUGCAUUGUGUGCUCUGGAAUCUUGAUAGCGUGUCCAUGGAAUAAAGUGUAUGUUAGCUAUCUA